AUGGAGGAAAGGAAAGGGGAUGCUAGAGUAUACGUCAUCUCAUUCAUGUUCUUUGCCUGCAUAGUAACAGGAGGAAUUCUCCUUUUUCUCUACAUUUUCGUCCCACAAACAGACUCUGCAUCUUGGUAUCCAAUUGUGGGAAUGAUAAUGGUUGGAAUCCCAUGGGCCUUUUGGCUUUUCACUUAUUUAUAUAGAUGCAUCAAAACCAGCACCGACCCACAACUGAAUGAGCAGGAUAGCAGUCAUGGACCAAUCCCACCCGUAGGUGGUGCAACAAACACAGACAAUUCACGGAGCCUAGAGUCCCCGCUUAACUCUCCUUGUGGUUGCGGCCAACGUCGUGUGCAUUUUGGGGCAGUCGUUGUGUUGGGAAAUGAGGACAAUAGUGCCCAUGAUACAGGACGUGAUGUCCCGGAAUCAAACCGUGCAACCGAUUUGCAAGGUGCAACGGAUGAAGCUGAAAAGCUUCCGGUAAAUGGAUCUAGGGAAAGCGAAACGCCAUUAACAGUGUCUGUUCCGUAUUAA